GACAGUGCAGCUCUGAGUCACAAAGUCACUCAGCUCUGGAUAUUCCAGCUGUUUCUUAGAGCAGGAGCUUCACGUCCAGUGAGAAGGGGUGAAAGACACGAAUCCUCUUACACAACAGGACUGGAUAACAUGGAAAAUUCUACCUCAUAUCUACUCUCACCAGACCCCCUGGGACUGCAAUGGGAGGAGGAAGAAGAACAUGUACCAACCGAAGAGAUACCCUCAGAACUGGAUACCGCACUCCGUUAUCUGUCUAUUAUAAUUUACAGCAUAUCUUUUCUGCUGGGAACAAUUGGGAAUGGCUUGGUGAUUUGGAUUGCUGGUUUUAGGAUGAAGAGGACAGUCAACACCGUGUGGUUUAUGAACCUUGCCAUUGCGGACUUCAUCUUUACUUUUUUCUUGCCUUUAAGUAUAACAUACACAGCACUUGGAUUUGAUUGGCCCUUUGGCACCAUACUGUGCAAAUUCAACAGUACUGUAGCUUUCCUCAACUUGUUUGCCAGCGUCUUCCUGCUGACUAUUAUCAGUGCUGACCGCUGCGUCUCUGUAGUGAGACCUGUGUGGGCCCAAAACCAUAGAUCUCCCAAACUGGCGACAAUAAUUGCAUUUUCCAUCUGGCUGACUGCUUUGUGCCUCUGUUUACCAUACAUGGCAUUUAGAGAUACUAUUAGAGAUAAUGAGACCAAUGUGACACAUUGCUAUAACAACUAUGCCUUCUCAAAUGACUUUGAAGACUUGGAGGUCGUAGCUGUCAGGUCCAUGAGGCACCAGGUUAUGAUAUCUGUCCGCUUUCUUUUUGGGUUCUUGCUCCCUUUUGGGCUCAUCCUAGUUUUUUAUUCUUUAAUGGCUCUGAAGUUGAGAAGAAGUCAAUUUUCAUGGUCCAGCCGACCCUUCAGGGUUAUGGCAACUGUCGUGGCUGCUUUUUUUGUGUGCUGGUUUCCAUAUCACGUCCUUUCUGUACUGGAAGUCAUCAUGCACCACUUGGACAACAAAGGAUUGAAAACUGCAGUUCUCAUUGGAAGUCCUCUAGCUACCAGCCUGGCCUUCUUCAACAGUUGCUUAAACCCUUUCCUUUAUGUCUUCUUGGGACGAGACUUCAAAGAAUCAUUGCGCAGGUCCAUUCUUUCUGCCUUUGAAAGCGCAUUUAGUGAGGACCAUGGCAGAUCCAAUUAUAGCCAGGGAAAGUCUAAAUCUCUUUCAGACCAAGAGUCUCACUUCACCUGACUGAGCCUGGAAAUGUGUAAUGAAAACCUCAGUAUAAAUGAUUAAUACAGUGAUCAAACAUGAAAUAUUUUGGACACUGCUAAAAUACAUUUGGAGAAAUUGCAAUACAUUUUACUGAGUAAUAUGGCUGAAAUUGGUUUUGCUCCUGUGGAUCUUAAACUGUUGUUUAUUCAUGCCUGAGAUAUUUUAAAAUAAAGACUUUCAAUAUCAGUUUUGCCACCUUGGAACGGAAAAGAGCUAGAAUGUCGAAAGUAGAAGCUUAUUUCUUCUUGAUGAAGCUGAUACACAUGGGUCAAGCUUUCACAGAGUCUUUAUCAAGCAAAAAUGUUGCCUCUUGACCAUGAAAUACUCAGUUCGAGCAUGUUCAGAUCAUGCAUUUGAACUACAAGUCAUUUUUCUUUUACAGUGGAUUAGUUUUAAAGUGGUAUUAUAAAAAAGUUGAUGGUGCCACUGUAGUUCCUCUACUUGCACUUGUCCCAUGCAGCAAAACUUGCUAGUCCGGUUAGCAGGGCUGUAGAGAGAAAUUCAGGUCUAUGCGAUGGGUGAGGCAUGGCUAAAUCAUGGGGGUGUGGCCGUGUCCAGUCAAAAAAAUUAAAAUUAUAAUUGAAAACUACAGUACUAUACUGUAUACAGUAUGAGGAGAGGGCCACUGGUAUAUCUGGCCCAAGGCCCCUAUAGGGACCUUUAAAGAAACGUGGGCCCAGGUAAUUAGACCCCACCUCCCUCCAGCUUUAAGGACAGUGGUUUAGCCUAAGCUUACAUGUGAAUGGUCUAUGGUACAAAAAUGCACCAGUAAGACAUACAAAUGGACACUGAGAUGAUAAAUGUUGGGAAUGCACAAGAUUCCGUUGCAGGAAGUAUGUCAGUAAUGGGCCCUACACACUGGCCGUUUACACUGAAAGAUAUGAACGAUCUUGUUCAUUAAUGAAUGAGAUAUCGUUCAUAUCUUUCAGUGUGUAUGCUUCAACGAUGAACGAUGCAUGGCCCGUGCUCAUUCAUCGUAGGUGUCAACUCGUUUAUGCAUACAAGCCAGUAUGGACAAUAUCGUCCAUAUUAGCAUGCAGGGCUAUGGGGCCGGGUGAUGGGGGGAGUGAAGAACUUCACUCCCCCUGUCACCCCUCCUGCCAUCAGGUCGUCCAUUGGCCAUAUCGGCUGUCGGACACCUCGGCUGGCAGUCGGACAGUGUGUAGGCUCCUUAAAAGUGUAGGCACACUGCAAUACUAAAAUUAGAAAAAAACAUUGUUUUGUGGUGUUGCUGAGGAUACACUUUAUUGCCUUUUCAUUCCCGAAAUGUCACAACAACUUAUUUUAAUGGAAAUCAUUCAAAAGUUGUUCAGUGAACUUUGCUGUAUUUACAGGUAUAUAACAUCUGCUCCAGACAUGGGUCAAAUAUCAUCAUGUAAACAGAAAUGAAUCACACAGCAGGUUUAGGUUCUCUUCAACAAGCAAUCAAAGUAAAAGCAGUAACAUUAUGAUUUCAUUGGAUUGCUUCUGUGUGAUGUAGUACUGCAUAAUUAUUGUACUGAUAGAGUACCUUGGCAGCACCCAUCCAACACAACCUAGCAUUGGAGCAAUGAUAAGU